CUUCUCUACACGAAUUCGAUUCUCUCUUAUCUCGACGAGAAAACCCUACUGCGAAAAAACUCCGAUCUCUCUGGCGAGAAGUAAAUUUUUAUCUCUGAGCUUGGUUUCACCAUUUCUCUAUCUCUAUCUCCUCGCUGGGUUACGGUUUGGUAAGGUCAGUGUUCUCUAAGGCUGAAAUUUGGGGGUUUCUCAGUCUCGAUGUGGUCGUGCUCCGUUAGGAUUCUUCACAAUCAUUAGGGUUAUAUUUCUUACAAACUGAUGCUCAUUUUCUCUUCCCUGUCUAUGGCUUUAUCUGUGAUCCUUCAAAAGCUUAGUGUCUUCGGCCCUGGUUUGAAUCCUUCUUUCCCUUACUGCAUCGCCAAUCACUCCUUUGCCUCCCGUUAAUUGAGUUGCUCUCUUUCAACUUAAUUACAUUAGUCUGCUUCCUUUGCUGUCUAGUCUGGAUAGUGUUGCAAAUCAAGUAGUAUCUUCUUUAGACAUUCUUGGCUGAGAGAUUUACACUAAAAGCAUAGAAUAAGAAACCCCUGUUUGGUUAGUAUCUACCCGAGUCUCGUAGUCCUACACAGAUCCGGAUCCUAGUUUCGAAGCUAGUUCUUGUUUAGCUGAAGCUCAGACCCAAAAUGCUCCAAGAACCGUCGGCUGCAUUCUCCCUCCGGCGUAACUCAUUCAGACGCCGAUCUCCCAGAUCAAAUGUCGAUGACAGAGGCUGGAAUCCGCUCCAUAUCAAAGCCAGAAAAGGCGAUCUGAAAUCUGUCAAGCAGCUUCUCGACCAAGGAAUGGAUGUGAAUGCUCUAGCAUGGGGACCCAAAUCAAAAGGAGUGAGUGCACUUCACCUUGCAGCAGAGGGAGGUCACAUUGAAGUCAUGGAUUUACUCCUAGAACGUGGGGCCAACAUUGAUGCUAAAACAUGGGGCUCAUGCGGGUGGACUCCUCUCCACGCUGCAGCCAAAGAGCGGAAGAGAGAAGCAGUGAAGUUUCUGGUGGAGAACGGCGCAUUCUUGGCAGAUGAUAUAACUGAUACCAGGUUUAAUCCGCCGGUGCAUUACUGUCACGGCCUUGAAUGGGCGUACGAGGAAAUGAAGAAGCUUAACAGCGAGUCUUCUUCUUCAUCUGGUGGAGACACAUCUUCCAGUUCUGACAACUGAACUUCUUCUUGGUUGUUUCUCGGUGUGUUUUGUUUUGUUUUCUAGUUGAGACUACUUAUCAGAACUAUUAUGGUUGGUGUUUGAUCUUAUGGGCUAUGUGAAACAUUGAAACUGCGGAUACAUUCAUGUAAUCUUCAGUGUGUUAUUUUGCAACUCCAGUUUGAUAUCCUAGCCGAAUUUGAUUUGUUUA